GGUUUUUAGGGCGGCUUAAAUAACUACGGUCCCAAGGGGCUAGGGCCGAACCAGGUUGUGCGAAGGUGACCAAAUAAUGAGCCGGAGCCUAGGGAUUCCGGUGAAGCUUCUCCACGAGGCAGCGGGCCACAUCGUGACGGUGGAGCUGAAGAGCGGUGAGCUCUAUCGAGGCAGCAUGAUCGAAUGCGAGGAUAAUUGGAACUGCCAGCUUGAGAACAUCACGUACACCGCCAAGGAUGGCAAAGUAUCACAACUUGAGCAUGUUUUCAUUAGGGGGAGCAAAGUAAGAUUUAUGGUCAUACCUGACAUGCUAAAAAAUGCUCCAAUGUUCAAACGUUUGGAUGCAAGAAUCAGGGGCAAAGGUUCGGCUCUUGGUGUUGGUCGUGGUCGUGCUGUGGCUAUGCGUGCAAGAGCUCAAGCGGCUGGCCGAGGCGCCCCUGGUCGAGGUGCUGCGCCUCCAGUAAGAAGGUAAAUAUUUCUAGCAGGAGAAUGAAAAGUUUGUUCAUCAGAUUUUGACUGUUGCCCAACGAGCAUUUCUGUACUGAUU